AUGGAAGCCCUCUUGGAGAAAGCAUCCUCCGUGUCGGGUAAUAUAACCCUCUACAUCGACCAGAUUGUCACCGGCAAACUCAAUCUGGCGGAUAUGUUCUGCACAGCGCUCGACGAAGCUCCUCCCUUCCAGCAGAUCAAGAGGAAUGUCGAAUGCUUGGAUAGGCAAGGUCCCUCCUUGUUGGAAGAAAUCGAGCUCCACAAUUUGACAUCGGAAUCAUGCCGGAUGUUCGAGGCAAAAAUUGAGUUUCUCCUUGGUCAAUCCGGCGAUUCCGCCCUCGAAGAUCGCCAGAGAGAAUUGAAGCAUCUAGUCAAGUUCUCGAAAGUCACCAAACUCAAAGAGGAAGCCAAGCAUCUCGGAGAGGACAUCAAGUCAUGGGAGGAUCAGCUUCAGUCAGCGAAUCGGAACGAAGAGCAGAGCAGGGGCCCGCGUCACCCUGAAUCGGCAAAAAGUUCAGCCUCCUCGGAUUCCGGUCCCCACGAAAAGGGACUUGCUCGUCAUCCGCUCGAGUCCAUCCUCGGAGAAUGGCGGCGGCUUCUCAAGGAAAAAUCAGCUCAGCACGGUCAGCUGGAAAUCCUUCUGAGGACAUCGCGACCUGCUCACGAAGGCGAGAGUGACGACGAAGGAGGCCUGGAAAUGAAGAAAUUGGAAGUCUACAAGCUCCAGAGGAAGCUGACCUGGCUCGACGUGCUCAUCAAAUCGAUCAGCUCCUCGUUAGGAGGCAAAGGAUCUCAACGGAUAUCUAGAGAUGAUGGGCGGAGCCUCUUGAAUGAUUUGGAGCAUAGAAUCGACUCAACAAAGACUGAACGCGCUCUGGCAGAAUGCGGACGGCGAGAACUCGAUAGCGCAUACAGAGAGAAUAAAGAUCGCCUGCAGAGUAUUUCAGCUAUUAAAGCGGCUUCGGAGGCAGAGUUGGCAGAGAAAGAAGUGAAAUUCGGUUCGCUCCGCCAUUCCGAGAGUCUGAAAGAGCUCGAAAUCGAGAAAUUGAGAGAGCUGCACUGGAGCGGGCACGAGUUCGACUGCUUGGAGAUGACGCUGAAUUCUUCCUUGCUACGGAACCAUUCGUACAUACUUCGAUCGACAGAAUCCAUCCUUGAGGUUCUCGGGGUCCAGGAUCGGUCUGGCUGGCACGCUUUCGGCUACUUCGGCACAGUCCUCGACCACAUCGACACUGAUCCGGAUAAUCGCUCUCUUCUGCAUCCGCUGAAAGAUUUGCUCUCAAGCUUCCUAGUUCGCGACCAAGAAGUAGGUUGGAAAAUACGCAACGAGCUCAGAAAACUGGAAUUCUGCGAUAGCGUACGCUUCAUCAGCGUCGGCGGCUGGAAAGCAUCGAAGGGAAGACCAGACCGUCGCCCUGAAGAUACCGCAUCACUCUCAUCUUUCCUAAAAAUCAGGGAACCGUACCGCAAGAUAUAUUCCGAUGAAAUACUCCGAUCCGACCUCCGAAAAAUAAUCACGGAAGAGCUCGCGGAUUAUUACGUCAUUCCCGGAGAUCGCGCGCAAGCCUUGGAGUGCGCACACCGAUAUUCGAUGGUACCUGAAUGGGAUUCCUGCACUUUCGUGAUCGAGGAUGGAACUUGUUCCGGCCGAUAUCCGAUGGGGGCUGCCUCCGGAGAAGAUCCGAUCGUCGCAUAUGGAGCUCUCUGCGCUUACUGGGACUCGCUGAACGAUCGGAUCGACAAGCUGCAAGUCGAGUCAGAUGGUUUGAUGGGAGCUGCGCGGAAUUACAGCGAGGAGAUUCUCCAGUUGCGACGCAGCAUCCAAGAGCAGUCGCGAGCGAUGGCCAGUGUUCAGCUCGAAAUUCAGAAAAUCGAAGCGACAGCCGGGUGUCUCGAAUGCGAGCUUUCUGAGCUCGACGAUGCCUUGAUUGGUCUGGCAGAGCAACUCGAUUGCAUCGCGGUGGCGCUCGGAGAUGGAAAACCAUAUACCCUGAGACUCGAGCUCCUCAAUCAGCUUGAGCGCCUCGGCGAAGUUUUCGAGCUCGUUCGAGAAAACCAACGUCGAAUCGACGACCAGAUUUGCGCGACGAUCUCCGCACUUGCGAACUCCCACGUCCAAGAGACUGCGCAGGACACCGGAGAAGUUGUCUCGAAAAGCUUGAAGUACGAGAUAUCCGAGCUCGAGUCAGACAUCGCUUCGAUGGAGAGCUUUGUGGCAGCGGCGCGUCGUGACGAAACCGAAUUCGCUGCAAAAGAUGGAUCAGAGGGGCACGACGCCGCAGACCGACCGAGGCUACCCGAAUCGGGAGAGCAGAGAGAGACCAUUGAGGCACGGACCACGUUGUUCCUGCUGAGGAAGAAGCUCGGAGAUGUCCAGGAAAAAGUCGCAGCUUUCGGCGAAAUGGAUCGUCCACAGAAUUGGAGCGAUCGUACAAAUUAUGAGGAAGAGCUCGAGCAGGUGACCAGGAAGUUGAGGGACAACGCAGGUGUCUGGGUCCCCGAUCGUCACCAUGAGCAGUUGGAUGGUCUACUGCGGAAAGCUCCCAAACCCCGGCUCGUAUCCGAGGGGACAAUGGAGACGUUGUCGCGAAUCUUCGAUGUUUCCCGUGAGAAGAAUUGUCUCGGAAAAAUCGAGGAAGAUGCGGCAGACCGGGUGUUGGAAGGUUUCCGGGAAAAAUUCCUGCAGCUAGCUCCGAGGGGAGAGAUCCGCAUCUCGGAAUCUUUCAAGAAGUCGAUUAUGAGAAAGACUAUCCCCUCAAUCAUCGUGCUCUUAGUGUAUGUUGAUCUCUCUGCAGAAGAUCGACGGCAGCUCGGGGGAGGAUCGAAACCCAAGCGGGAUCCGUUGCGUGCCUUCAAUCCCUGGUUUCCGGAAGCGAUCGCCCCGCGAGGAAGGCAAGCGGAGAACGAAGAUGUUGUUUCGUAUCCCACGACUGAGCGACCGAGGGCUCGCGAGGACUUGAACCCGAUCUUCGACAAGCUAUUGAAAAUCGCUGAAAUAGCCGAUCCCCUCGUUCCGAACAUGAACAUCAGCCAGAUGGGAGUGGACAUUCAAUUGAGAUGGAUGUCAGGACUGAGUACGGUCAAAAGAUCGAAUGAUGUUCUAUACUACGACAACUACGGACCUGAUACCAAAGCCAUCGAGUUCAACGUUCGUACGAAAGAUGUGCGAGUUUACCUGACCUACCAGGUUGGGACUUUUUCGUUUUUCUACACUUACUCGUCCAACGGCUCCGUGUACAUGGACGAGAUCGACGUCAGAGCACGGUUCGCCUUCAAUACUAAGACUAAUCAUACUACGUUCGAUACGCUGAAGAUCACGGACCGUACCCGGCUGAGGAUGGAUCUUAAUGCGCCAGGCCAGGAUAUUUUUACGGGCAUCGUUGAAGGAUUUUUUUCCAAGGAUGUCGACAAUAAGAUACUACCCGCCAUCAAGCAAAUGAUACAGUAUGAGCUUUCGCUCGUUAACAUACUGGCAGUCCUCGAGAAGUUAUCCCCCGGGGCAAACUGA